AAAGUUAUAUAUAUACUCUGGAAAUUGUUUCAGGUGACUGUCAUCACUUGUCAUCAGCAUAAAGAAUGAUGGCAUUCUACGAGGAGCCGUAUGACAUGUGUCCUCGUCCACAACCGCUUCACAGAAUCGCAGCGACACCUGACCCGCAACUUACAUUGACACCUGAAAAAACUCAGUGCGGCAUCGGCUUGAUUUCCCAUGCUGCAGAUAGGCGUGCGAAGGAAUACACUGUCAAUGAGAGGAAAGUUGUUUUCGACCUUGGGCGAAAUGAUAACCAAUCACAGAGUGUUAACGUAAAGCAGUUCAUUACAAAUUCCAACGAGUUUCAGCCGCAGCUUAAGUGCCAUUCGCUGAAAAAGUCACGUCGGCCGGUCGAGGGAGCAACGCGUAUUGCUGGCAGAAAAAACGCAAUAUGUGCAUCAGCGUCUAUGACCCACGGAAGCAAAGUAAAGACGAAAGUCGUUAAGGGAGCUCUAGAGACGAGGUCUUCUUCAUCACUCGCAAUGGCGCCACCUGGUUAUUACCAGACAGCUGCUGGAACAGAAGAGCAUGCAUUGGGAAGGCCCGAGUUUCAUUCCACGCUGAGGCUUAUUCAAGAGCUUCAGCAAGUGAGAGAAGAAGAAUUUGAUGCGGACGAAGCUGUUCGGAGAAAACUGGAAGAGUCGUAUGAGACCCAGCAGCAUCUGUGUGAGAUGGUCGCCAAAUCUGUCAACGUGCAUGGUCAAUUAUUCGAGGGUCUUACAACCCUGGACGUCUCCCGUGAUCGUUUACUGGCGGAGGAGGCUCAAGCUAGACUAGCUCGCGUGAAGCCCUCAAAAUCAUUCAAGCCAUCCACAGAACGGGAGCCCGAACCAGAUUUGAUGUCUUUCUUCUCUGAAAGCCUGUGGAAGGAGUACGGCAGUUUUCACGUGGACAUUCCAAAGAACCGGCCAGUGAGUAGCAGGACUGCACCCCUUUCAUCACUGUCACACGUUAUUGAGCAUAGGAGCAACUGGGAAAAAUGCAUACGCAAAAGCUGACAGUUGUUAUUUUGCAGUUAGUGAAUCUAUGUUAGAUAUACCAUCAGGAAUACAUAAUACAUCUAUUUUGUAUUCCUGAUGAUAUGUGUAAUAAUCGUACAUCUGGCUUGCUCAUUUGUAUAUAGAAUUUUUGUAGCCAGUUUUGAUCUAUGGCUUUAAUUUAUUUAUUUUAACGAUUUGACCCGAAUAAGUAGACCAACGUAUACUAUGUUUAAGUGCCUGCAGUAUGCAUAUGUCUACUUUACAUUUUAUUAGAAAAUAGUCUGUAAAAACGUUGCAAUAAAAUGUUUUAAAAUGAUUACGUGCAAU